UUGGGAAACACUCUCCAUCUUUGCUUUUCGAGGGAAUGCUGGAAAAUCCCAAAAUGUCGAAAAACACUUUAAAUAAGUAUAUUUGAAGCUAUCUCAAUGCUGAUUGUGGUUGUGACAGAUCAGAAGCUUGUCUUUUCUCUUCAUCUCAAGAUCAUAGACUGAUUUCCGCCAGGGUCAUCUAUGGCAUCACUCACCGACAAAGCUGACCCACUGACCCUGGCACCGUAUUGAGUUUUGUGUCUUCAGCAGAGACAAAAGACAUACAACAAUCCAAGGCAAAACAACAAUACUCCAAUAUAGCAAAAGCCGAAGUCUUACGAGACAAAGUGUUGCGCCAAUGACGGCAGACUCCAACAAACCGCUGAAGAACGACGAGAAGAAGGAUUUGGUGACUGUCGAAUCACGUGAGCGCUGGGAUCGGAAGAUCGAGUUUCUCUUCGCGUGCAUUGGGUUUGCAGUGGGCUAUGGAAACUUCUGGAGGUUUCCUUACAUGUGUUUCAAGAAUGGAGGCGGUGCCUUUCUCAUCCCGUAUGUGUUGUUCCUAUGCCUGGGCGGAAUACCUUUAUUCUUCAUGGAACUGAGUUUGGGACAGCUUCUACAAGAAGGCCCGAUAAAAGCGUGGCAAAAAAUAUGUCCUCUCUUCUCCGGUAUUGGUUUUGCAUCCAUUGUCAUCUCAUUCAUCGUUUCUAUCUACUACAACGUGAUCCUUGCAUGGAGUCUGUACUUUUUGUACAACUCAUUCUUUGCCGACAUACCAUGGGUGGGCUGCCAUCAUUCAUGGAACACCCCAGAUUGCUAUGUGUACAACGCAUCUGCCAAUGCCUCCGGAGUCUCGUCCAGCCGAGAAUUUCUAGUAAAAAACGUGCUCGAAAUCACCAAAAGCAUCGAAGAACCGGGAGGCCUGAGUGUUCACCUGACCUUGUGUCUGCUGGUUGCCUGGAUACUUGUGUACUUCUCCAUUUGGCGGGGGAUCCGUACGACUGGCAAAGUGGUCUACGUCACCGCUACUCUUCCUUACAUCAUACUGGUCAUAUUUUUUAUCAAGGGCGUGACCCUGCCGGGGGCGAUAGACGGGGUUCUCUACUUCAUUACUCCGCAGUGGGACCGACUACAGGACCCAAAGGUUUGGAUAGACGCUGCUUCUCAGAUCUUGUAUUCCUUGACGAUUGGGUUUGGUGUGCUCAUCGGUUUUGCCAGCUACAAUCCACGAAAAAACAACGUUUUCAGCGACGCUCUUCUGAUCUCUGUCAUUAACUGUGCCACGAGUGUUUUCGCUGGGUUCGUCAUCUUUGCUAUUGUGGGUUACAUGGCGCAUGUGCAGGAGAAGAGCGUCCCUGAGGUAGCAUCACAAGGACCUGGCCUUGUUUUCAUCGUUUACCCAGCAGCUAUUUCUCAGCUUCCGUUUCCCCAGAUAUGGGCAGUGAUCUUCUUUCUAAUGCUGAUAGCGCUUGGACUUGAUAGUCAGUUUGGACAGGUUGAGGUUGUAGCUGCCGCUCUUAUAGAACAGUGGCCGAGACAACUGCAUAAACAUCGCGAGUUAGUCGUAUUGGUGAUUUGUUUUGUGAUGUUUCUCCUUGGGCUCUCCUGUGUAUCAAAGGGCGGGAUGUUCGUGUUCAAUUUAUUCGACUCGUUUUCAUGCGGCCUCUCCCUCUUGUUUGUCGUUUGCUUUGAGCUUCUCGUCAUUGGCUGGAUUUAUGGGGCACGUCGUUAUGCCGACAACAUAUCCCAGAUGAUUGGGAGACCUGUGCUGCAGUGGUGGGUCAUCUGUUGGAAGUACAUCUCACCCAUCAUGGUCCUUGGAAUCUUCGUGUUCAGCUUGGCGAAAUACAAGAGAAUCACGUAUGAGAAUGUGCCAUACCCAGCGUGGGCGGAAGGUGUUGGGUGGCUGCUCGCUUUGAGUUCAAUGCUGUGUAUUCCCGUUACAAUGUGUUAUAAGAUCUACAAGGCAGAGGGCACAUUCCUUCAGCGCUUGACCAACGAAGCCUUUGUGACACUGGAUGACCUUGACCUCGAGAUAGAGAAGUGUUCAGAGAAGGCACCAAUACAGCGCGAAAUAGUGUACCACUUUACCUCCAACGUGUGAUGUUUUUUACUCAGGAUUGUGAAUAGAGCUGACGAACAAACAUUGCAUAAAUCUACCAGAGCUUUUCCUUUUUGUUGUACUAACUUUUUUUUUUAUGGUUGAGUAAUAUGUGUGCAGUACAUAGCAACAAGAGAGAGUCACUUAUCUAACAAAGAACUAGCAAAGUAAUAAAGAAACUGGAUUUUUCAUUA